GUGCUUACAGUCUCAAGCAGGCAAGACUAGGGGACGCUUUCAUCCUGCUUCCUUACGGAAACAACAGCUCUGCUAACUUUUCCAUAUCGAUUUCACUGAGUUGAGAUCCAACAUACAGACGAGCAAGCAAGCUAUUACUAAUAGCACCCGAUUCCAACUAUAAUCGUUUGCCAUUGGAAGCUGCAACAGUAGCCUACUGAGGAUCUAACAACAGAAGAUCUAACAACAAGCAGGCGAGCAAGCAAGCUAUUACUAAUAGCACCCGAAACUAACUUCAACCACAGAAGUCAGGCCCGCAAUCAAUAUCCCGCAAUCUACACAAAGCGGCUUUGAUUUGUACAAAGGGACUCCUGCAUACUAGAAUUGCCUACUAUCAUAAUAAUCUUUGGAACAGAUAAGGGCUUUUCUUUUUUACCCUAUCAGCAAUCAUCAUCACACGUCACUACUAGUGACCCGCCAUCAGCUGUAACCCAGAAGUUCGGGUCAGAACUCACCACGGAUCUAUAAUUAAAAAGAGACGGACAUACAGCUACAAUCCGUAACGGCUUGCCAUUAUUUGAAAAACAGAGAGACCACUGCACAGAGUUUUUUGCACGACGGCAGAAAGUGGAAGCAAUGAGUUUAGUUCUGAAUUACGCACACUCUGCAUGACGUCUCAAAACUCCCGCGCCUCCUCUCAUUAAAAUUGAAUUGAAGUGGACUCAGCAGCCUCUGAAAAGCUGUGUUAGAUAUCAUUACUUGUCAAGCACGUUAAGGAUUGGAAGAGACUGAUCAAGCAGAGAUUAAUUCAACCCACAAUCAGUUCCAUUCUCCAAAAAAGUGACUAGUUAUCAUCUACCCCCCUCUACUCCUGGUCUCAAUUCAGGUGGCUCAGAUAUUGUCCCACUUCUGGGACAUUGACAAAUAUAGAAAACUCUGCCAGCAUCUGAGAAUCUACAACUUACCUGUGUUCCGAUGCUUUGAUACGGAUCCUGCCCAAAGCUGAUCGGACUGCUAAAGAUGCCUCAGGAACAGUAUGCUCACAGGAGCACACUCUCCAGCAGCGAGGGACCUCAUGUGUACAAGGUGGGGAUUUACGGGUGGAGGAAGAGAUGCCUCUAUUUCUUUGUCCUGCUCCUCAUGAUACUCAUCUUAGUGAACCUCGCAAUGACCAUCUGGAUCCUCAAAGUCAUGAACUUUACUAUUGAUGGCAUGGGGAAUCUGAGAAUCACAGAAAAGGGUAUAAGGCUGGAGGGGGAUUCAGAGUUUUUGAAACCUCUGUAUGCCAAAGAAAUUCGCGCAAGGCCAGGGAAUCCGCUGUACUUACAGUCAGAUCGAAACGUGACUGUAAAUAUUCUGAAUCAGGAUAUGAAAGCUGUCACUCAACUAGUGACAGGAUCAGAAGCAGUAGAAGCAUACGGGAAGCGGCUGGAGGUGAAGUCCAAUGACGGGAAACUUCUUUUUUCUGCAGAUGACAAAGAAGUGGUUGUUGGGGCAGAACGGUUGCGAGUUCUAGGAGCAGAAGGUGCCGUAUUCCCAAAAUCUCUGGAAACGCCAUAUGUCAAGGCUGAACCCUUCCACCAUUUAAGGUUGGAAUCGCCAACCCGCACCUUGGUAAUGGAGGCACCGAAAGGGAUUGAGAUUAAUGCAGAAGCUGGAAGUUUGGAGGCAUCAUGUAGAACAGAUUUACGUCUAGAAUCAAAAGAUGGAGAGAUCCUCUUGAAAGCUGCAACAGUAAAGCUUCCACAGUUACCACGUGGCUCCUACUCCUCAACAGGCACUCAUCAAAAGGUCUUUGAAAUCUGUGUUUGCCCAAAUGGAAGACUAUUUCUGUCCCAGGCAGGCAGUGGAUCCACAUGCCAGAUAAAUACCAGUGUUUGUCUUUAAGAGACUGGCCAGACAGCUCCAAGGCAAGGAGCCACCAUUACCAGACACAGGAAGCCUCAGAAACAAUGUGUGUGCGUGUGCAAACAUAUACAAAUAUAUAUAUAUAUAUGUAAAUCUAUAAAUCUCCUGCAUAAGAGAUGUUUCAGUGCCAGAAAAUGAGGGUGGCCCUCACUUGUCUUCCCCUGCCCACAAAUUCAACCCAUUCUCCUCCUGACCAUUACAGGAAACCUCAGACUACAAAUAUGGGGGAGUAUUCAUCACCCAUGAUGUAACCCAAAGAAACAUAUGUCUUUAUCAUUAGUUUGGGCUUGUUAACUGGACUAAUUAUAUCACAUUUUAUUUCCCCCUACAAUAUGGUUUUCAAACAAAUAGAUGUUCAAUAAGAAUGAAUAACCCAUGUUCUAGGAUGCAAGCUUUACUGUUUUCUGAAACAUAUUUGAAGUUAUGUAGCCUCACUGUAAUUAGGGGGUAACAUCUGCUGUCAUAAGAUCAGGGUGCAAUGGGCAAAUUCAAAGUUGUCUUCCUUUCUCGUUUACAUGGGGAAGGGUGCAGUAAAAAAUGCUACUCCACAAAACAAAAUGUGUAAUGACCCUGAAUUAAUGUGUCUCAUAUUGCAGCAAGCUUACUCUUAGAUCUAUAAAAAAGGGCUGAAUAGCUUUAUACAUGUUUCAAAAAGAAGCAAAACAGAUUUAGUGAGUAUGUCUAAAUCACGUGUUUUCCUAACUAAGCCAUGGAACUCAUUUAGGGCUUAAGCAGUAUUGAUGGAACCCCAAGAAAAUAGCAGCACAUCACCUGCACCCUGGAAUGCCCCUUCAGAAUUAAAUAUAUCCGUGCACAACUCCUCUCCAGAACAACACAAUUCAUCCUAAACAUUUUGCAAUUGCUAACCAAACCGUCCAUUUUACAGCCUUCCUACCUCCUACCCCUUGUGCAUUUAAUUGCAAAUGGACAAACCUUUUGGUUUAAUGUAGAAUCCCUAACCAGACUAAAUGCAACAUCAGGGUUCUACAGGACAUGGUUUGGGAAACAUUGUUUUAAAAGGAAAAAAAAAAUAGAAUUCUCUGAAACCCUCUAAACAAAGGGUUUAGUAAAGGCAGCAUUAUAUAAUCUAAUACUUUAACAUUAAUUUACCAUACUACUAGAUACAUACCAAGAAGCCAUUGCUAGAUUGCUUACUUUCUAACUGCCAAGGAAAUUCCUCUAACAGUGUAUGGUGUAACUUUUUUUCAUACUCUGCGUGCAAUACAACUAAGAUAGAUAGAUAUAUCUGGGAAAAAGCAAGAUUAUUACCUGAAACAAAAUAGUCUUUCGCUUUUUUUUUUUAUCCACUGGAAAGUGUUAGGCAGUGCCACCUACAGAAACAUAUUAAUCAUUGUCCCUUUAAUAACCUCAGACCCUUAAAGUUACCUAAUUCAUAUGUGUGGGACACUGGACUGAAACAUCUCUGAUCAAAGAGGAGAACUUGCCUAUGCCUUAAGACAAUGCACUCUGCAAGGAAAAGCACAGCGGGGAAGCUCAAGAUUUAACAGUUUGCUGUUUUAUUUUUAUUUUAUGUUUGUUUGGUUGUUUGAGUUAUUUAGGGGGUGGGUAGGGGGUGAGUGCUGUGUGUUGACUGAUUCGUAAGAGUGACGACAUAUGUGUGGAUAGAAUUAGUAUGAUGUCUAAUUGCAAGUUGCUGUGUCUAUGUGAUUCAUCAUAUAGUUUUUUUAAUUCAUUAUACAGCUACAAUGUCACUUCUUUAGCAAAAUGAUGUACAGGGCUGUAAUAGAUUAUGAUAUUAUAAGUCUCAUAAAAAGUCAUAAUGCCCUUAUUAAAUGGAUGUAUUUAAAAUAAUUAUUUUUGAGUUCAUAAAAAAAUGUUGCAACAAUUUAUAUAAAGAUGAGAACAGUGAACCCCUACAGAAAGAGUUUGUAGUAUUUGAAAACAGGAUAACAUUAUUGAAGGGUUUUAAGUGAAUCUGUUUUCUCCUUGAAGAAGCAGAUCCCUGACUAUAAAGUUACUCAUGUAACACAUGUAGUAGUAUGCAACAGUUUUUUGUUUUGAGACUAUUUCAUAUAUCAGUUUUAAAGAAGAUAACUGCAUAUUCAUUAUGACUAAUUAUGGUCAUAUAAUCACAGCACAUUGUUAAAAAAACAACAAUAUGGCAAAUUCAAUAGGCUCCUUUAUAUACAGUAUAAUAUAUUAAUAGAAUCCAUAGAAAAUCACAUUUAACUUAUACUUAUAUACUGCUGUAUUAGUUUUUAUUUGCUGACAGGCACAACAUUGUAUUAAUGAUCAUAUGGGGACUGUUCCAAAACCAGCAGCUACAUUUGUGCUCGUUCCCUUAAAGAUAACCCCACCACAAUUGUGCUUAAAGCAUAUUGAUGGACAUAGAUAACCAUUUACAUGUAUAAAAAGUAUUUUUAUUCAGUACUGAUUAUAUGGUGUUUAAUUGUGAAAUAAUGUAACAUUUCAUUUUAUUAUCCCUACUAUCCAAUUAAAUGUAUUCAAAUGUAUAAAAUAAUUUACAAUAAUGACCCUUUAGGGUAAAAUAGGUACUGAUUCUGUACACAUUGUAGUCUCUGGGUUUCAGUGGUGGACCCAGUGGUAGCCAAGACCUAUUUGCCAAAAAUCACAGUGUUUGUGAAAAACAAUGGAAAGUGAUUGGAUUUCCUGUGUAGCAUGCUUGGUUGUUUACUACUACAUAGUAUUGUAAUCUGUUAGACUCGGUGAGCACUGAAAUAUUUACUAAUGAAUCAGAUGCAACACAAAGUUCUACAUUAAACUUGUAUAAUUCACUAGAGCAAGCCAUUUUAUAUAACUUUAUAAUUUAUGUAUAUUAUAAAAUGUACUUAAUUCUUUAUCUAUGAAGAACAUACUCGGGUAUACUCAAGAACAUGCUUGUAUCCUGCGCACCAUAUGGCAGCAGGGUUUGUAACAAUAUAUAACAUUGUUAAAAAUAUUAGUCUUUAUUACAAUCAUUCUGAAAUUCUCGUUCUUUCCCAAAAUCAUGACCAUCCGGUGUUGUUGGGGGUUUUUUUUAAAUCAAAAUGACCACAAUCUUAUCAAGUCAAACUAAGCCAAGUUUGAUAACUCCCAUGAGUAUUCGAUCUUCAGAUCUACAUUUCUCCUCAACAGCACCGAUAAUGGGCAUUGAUCACUGACAAUGGAAUUGAUACACAAAAAAUACAACUGCUCUCCAGGCUCCACAGCUGCUCAUAUCAACUGACCAGGCCCCUAAUCCACAUUCUGCUGGUCCAGCAUUUUUCUUUCCAUGACAGUCUACUUUCUGUCUUCAUGCCCCAACUGUUAAUAUCUUGUAGAUAUUUUUCUUGAUAUUUUUACAUUAAAUCGAUGGUGGUGACAGUUGUUACCAAAAAAGGGGCCGUUACCAUGGUUUAUAUGGGCAGCGCCAUCUUCUUUUUCAUGCCCAUGCAUAUGCAGAUCAGUGGUCAAUCUUGUUAUCGUCCAUCCAAUGUGUCGAUCUGUGAGUGUUGAGUCUUUAUCUAGUGCCUUUGGCUGUUGAAUUCGUUGUGUCUAUUUUGUUGUUGAUAACUUUAAUUCGGGUGGAUUGUGAUGAACUAAGUGGAUGCUGUUCAUACAUCAUAUAUGUGACUUCUCUUAUAUCCAAUCGCAUGUUUUUCCAAUACUAGAAUCAUGUUAUCAUUUGCUUUAUUAUCAUUCCGAUGUAAAAAAAAAAAAAAAAAGGCAUUUUGGGAGCUGAAUAAACACCCCCAAAAUCUAGGUUAGAAUUUUACCCCAUUGUUGCAAAUUCUGCUGCCAUAUAGUGCUCAAGACAUUCACACGUUCCUGAGCCCACCAAGGUAUGUUCUUCAAUAAAAGACUCCAUAAGAACAACAUUAAAUUGAUGAUAAAAUAAGUAAAUUGCAGAUUUGUUUUAAAUUGCAUGCUCUCUCUGAAUUAUAAACGUUUAAUUUAAACUUUUAUAUAUUUCAUUGAACUACCAGCACUAAAAUACAGAAUCAUUUCAGCAAAACUUUAGGUUAAGUCAUUGGCCUAAUGUUUAAUGUAUGUAUGUUCUACAAAACGCUCAUUUCUACUAACCCUGACUGACUGAUAGGUACGUCCUACUAAUGACCACUGGCUGAUAGGUACGUCCUACUUAUAACCUCUGGAUGAUAGGUACAUCCUAUAAUGACCUCUGGCUGAUAGGUACAUCUUACUAAUGACCUCUGGCUCAGAGGUACAUCCUACUAAUGACCCCUGGCUGACAGGUACAUCCUACUAAUAACCACUGGCUGAUAGAUACAUCCUACUAAUGACCACUAGCUUAUAGGUACAUCCUACUAUUGACCACUGGCUGAUAAGAGCCAACAGCUUGAUUGGUGGAAAUAGAUAUCCAUCUAUGAGCCAACAGCUUGAUUGGUGGAAAUGGAUAUCCAUCUAUGAGCCAACAGCUUGAAUGGUGGAAAUGAACAUCCAUCUAUAACAGUGUUUCUCAACUCCAGUCCUCAAGGAUCACUAACAGGCCAGAUUUAAAUUAUUUUCCUGAUAUACUUAGUUGAGUUUAGUUGAUACUGUUCCAGCAAUUAAGAUACUGAACAGCCCUAGAAGAGAAAUACAUCAAAUCUAGCCUGUUGGGGUUCCUUGAGAAUUGAAAUUGAGAAAUCCUGCUCUAUAAGUCUAACAUGGGAAAAUUCCUUUAUUUCAUGAGAAGAAAAAAAAAUAAACUUAUUUUAAAAUGUCCCCUUUUUAUAUAAAACAAAAAAAAUGCUACAAUGUGAUUUUAAAUACAAUUUCUGAUUAUUUUUCGCUAUAUGGGAUUAUAUAUCCCUUUACAAACUAACUUUGAGCUGGACUCCAACCUGGUUUGGGAUAAUUAUACUCUGAAUGGGAUUUAUUUUGUUUGAUUUUUCAUAUAUGUGGCUUUAAAUAUGUGAGUAUAUAUCAUACCAAAGUUUGGUGAAAAUCUUAUAUUACUCUUCUCAUAUAUAUGAAAGAGUUCCACUGCUACUACUGAUAUCACAGUCUGAUGAAUACAUUCAGAGACUCCUGAAUAUUGGCUAAGAUUUGAAAAAGCUCAGACUAAUAUUGAUCAAUAGAGCUUCUAUUUUUUCUCUCACAUUAUAUACAAGUCCAAGGUUAUUUGUACCUCUCGAGCUAUAGUCUAAGGCUCACUUAUCUGUCAGAUGAGCAUUUGCAGUAAAUCCCUCACUUAAUAAACUAGAUUACCAGUGGAGCGCUAACAUUUAUGGGUGUUUGCGCACUUCUGUUUUUUCGCUCGUAUUACAAGUUGAAAGUAAACGCGAUCGUUAACGUUCUUCGGGUUAGUGUGACCUCAGAGCUCUGGUUAACUGUUUCGUGAAACAAAAAAGUGUAACAAAGCACAUCAAAAAUACAUUACAAAGUACAGUUACACUCAUAAUAACACCAUCUAAUAAAAUUUAUUUAAAAAAAAUAUUGCACAAAAAAGUUAUAAGGGCUCAAAGAUAUGAGGUCUCAGGUGUUAGAAAAAAAAAGGCAGGCAAAGGGCUUUAACAUAGCGAUACAUGCAAAUACAUGUCUAAAGAGGUAUAUGUAUGAAUAUAUAUAUAUAUAUAUAUAUAUAUAUAUAUAUAUUUGUGUACAUAUGUAUUUAUUUAUUUAUACCUGUAUAUAUGUAUAUGUAUAUAUAGACAUAUAUAUAAGUAUAUUGAAGGCCUUUGCAGUUAAGUAGAUGAAAACAUGUAAAAACAUAUUUAUGCAAUAUUCAUAUUUAAUAAACUGUUAUAGUUUGUAUUUACUGAAGAUAUUUAACAUUCCAAUGUUCUGCACUUAGCACAAUAUGUAUUUAUAAAUCAAUAUUCCUAUAUAUAUCUGUAUAUAUCUAUACCUAUAUAUAAUCAUGUAUAUAUACCAGAAACCAUCAUAUAUAUAUAAAAAUAUGAAUUUGUUAAUAAAUAGAACAUAUUGUUCUAUGUAAAGAAGAACAUUGGAAUGUGAAAUAUUCAUAUUUUUAUGUUGGAUUAGCGCAAAUAAGAAUAUGUGAUCGGGUUUGUGCAUGAGUAGCGUGUUAAGGUUUUUCCCACUUUUUUUGCUCCAUUCUAAGGGGGAUUAGGUUAUCGCGCGGGCAAUAUUGUAAGUUCAUCUUUUUACACUAUUUGGGUUAGCAUGCGAGCGAAAACAGUUUACUUUUAACUUGUAAUACGCGCACUACCUGACGCACGCAAAAAACUUACUUCUAGCACAGUUAAUGCUUGAGCUUGAGCGUUAUAUAACGCUCCACUUGUAAUCUGGCCCAAUAUUGGGUUUAUAGUGAAAUUUGUGUUGACUAUCAGUUGAUCAUUAAGUCGAUGGUCGCUAAGCUAAGGGUGCAUUAAAUCAAUGGUAGUGUAGUUCUUCACGUAGUUCUGUGCGGGACUAUUCAUUAUAAUAAUUAAAAAAUUCUAAAUUUUAAAGCAGCAUUAUGGAUUGUGGUCAAGAGCAACACUUAACUCACCACUUAAUAUGUCAUUUGAGUGCGCUAAUAGCACGCCCUGCAUUAUCAAUUAAAAGUAUAGGGCACAAUAAAAAUAUUCCACCGUGCUAAGAUGUUCUGGUUAAAAAUUUUAACUAUCAUUUGUAAUUCUAGAUUGUGCGAGAGCGAGAACAAGAUAAUGCGCCCUGCGCUAUUGAUUGCGCUCGACAAGACCAUUAUUUAUUAUAUUUCACAAUUUCCCUUCCUAAGUCCACAAGAAAGUAUUUUUGCCACAAUAUCUGCACCAUCAGCCUCUAAGAAUAAUUGUUUAGAGAGUUAAAUAAUCUUUUCUAUAUUUCUUUACAUUGCAUUUCAUCAUUGCUAGCAGUUUCAUUACCAACUACAUAUAAUAUAAAGUAUUUUGGGGAAUUGAAUGUACCAUCUAAUAGCUUCAUAAUCAUGAACAUAAUCAGGUAAAUUAGUAUGUUAAAAAAAAAAUUAUAUAGCUAAACUACAUCUUUGUUGCUAAUAUAUUUGCCAACAUUGAACAUUAUCUCUGCUAAUUAAUCCACAUAAACCUACAUAGUCACAAUGCCAACAUAUGCUCUGUAUAAGUAUGUCAUCUUGUGUUAUAAUGGUUAGAACACUACAAUAAUCCUAUUGAAUCAACAGAUUAUAGAAACUACAAUGAAAAGAAGGCUGAUAUAUCAUUAUUUUAAUGACAUACUUUAGCUAAGUUGACGCAGUAAGUCUGAUCAUUUAUGCAGUUAUCCUGUGCCUCAAAACACACACUUGCUAUUUUAAUUUCCUCCACACAAGAUAGGUGUUAAUUAAACUAGCUGGCAUCAUCAUUGAUAUAUAUAAAUAUAUACUGUGUGUAUAUAUAUAUAUAUGUGUGUGUGUGUGAAUCACGAAAAGAGCACUCGCCAGGACUUAUAUUCAAUCACCUUUAACUCCUGGCGAGUGUUCUUUUCUUGAUACAUAUGGACUAAUGUUUGAAGCACCCCGGGCUCUUAACUGAUUAUAAUCUGGAGGGCUGGAUUUAUUAUAGACCUUUAUUUACUGAUAUGCCAAUUUAAUCAUAAGUUUAAUUUUUAAUGUAGCUAAAUGAAUCUCAAUAUAUUAAAGGGGCAUUAGAACAAGCAACUAUUGCAUUCCUGACCAUAUCUCACUAUGAUUUUAAGGUCCAAAAUGGAUUAAACACCAAGGUAACAUUUCAUUGGGGAGCUACAAGAAUUAAAGUUUACAAGCAGAAAAGUGAUAGGGAUUGGCUCAUUGGCAUGUUAUGUUCUGGACCUGUAACACUUAUGUCUCCUAAGCAGAACUCUCCAUGUGUGGUUAACUGUUUUUUGGGGGUUAUACAUUUAGUAAAACUAAAUUAGGUUAAGGAAUGCAGAAAUCAUGUGUUUUACUAUCCCUUUAAAUGGACUAAACACUGAUUAUAUUUCAUGCUCCUCCCUCUAAUCAUGGGUGCUGCCAUUUUGGAAACUAGGUUACACUGUAGGUAUAUGAUGGAGAGUUUCUGCACAUGUGCCAACAGGGCAGCACUGGAAUGUAGUGAAAGAUAGAUUUCAACAUGUCCAUGACUAGAGAGAGGCGGCCAAUAACCACAAUACCAUGCUUAGAAAAUGUAUAUAAUAUUCCUUUAAUAUGCCAAGAUGCAUUUAGCCACAUUAGUAAAUGCUAGAUUUUAUUAAAGUGGUUAUCCCACCAUUAAUCGAGGUCUUCUAAAACGCCCUGCUAAAUACAGCUGGCUAAUGUUAAUAAUACAACAUUGACAUGCUUGAACAAAUUAGAGCAUGUACGUUUUCUAUUAGUAUGUCCCUUUAAGGUAAAAUUAAAUCUCACCUUUAUGCUACACAAAAUAGUUUCUCUGAACAGUAUCAUAUAAGCCAGCUAAUUUGACACAGAGGCUAUGUGUAGAUUCAAUGCAUAUGUUUUUAUGUGUGCGUUAAGUUUAAUGACUGUUUACAUGAAAGUCAAUAGACUAUACAUCUGUUGUGCUCUGUCACUACUUCUGAAGAGAGAUUAUUUAUUUUGAGUCAGAGGAUUCAUGAUUAUAAGAAUCUACUCUUUGCUUAAAAUAUCUUGAAAUAAAACAUUGUUCUUUCUUUUCUAGAUCUCAAAUCUUUUAUGUAUUUUUUUAGCAAUAUUUUUUAACUGCUCAAAAAGCUUGUACAUUCACAAUACAUUGGCUAAACACUUUCACUCACUCACUCUGUAGAUAGCCUAUCUGUUUUGAGUCAAAGAGGUGUUAGGAUUUGUGCUUUAUCAUAUUUACUCUGUGCUUUCAAGAUCUUGGAAUGUUCAGCCAUGGUUUGCUUCAUCAAGAGAGAAACACAUCACACUGAAGAUUUUUGGAGUAAAUAAAUAUGAAAUAUCCAAAUAAAGAGUUGACUUCCUACAAUGGUUGCCUGCUCUGCCAUGUUUUCCUGGACAGUAAUGAAUUCCACAUGCUGCUGUGUGUGAAUAGUACUGUCAAUCAACACUAAUGAGCUUUCCAGAGGCUCAAUUAGUGUCCUUCAUUACACACCCUGCAGCAUGUGUAAUUCGUAAAUAUCCUGGAAAAUAUGAUUAAAAUGGCAACCCUGCCCUGUUAUUUAAAAUAAAUAAAACAUAUAUAUAAGAUGUUCCGUAUUAUAUAAUCUGUCACAGCAAUUGCAUACUCAUUGAAUACCUGUGUGCGUGAGUGUGGUAUACCUGUGUGUGAAUGCGGGACAAAUAUAUACAGCUUUUUGGGGUUGUUUUGUAAUGGGAAUAUUUGUGAGUCCUUACUCACUCUAUGCAAAAAUUUUGUAAAGCAUUUGCAAUAAUGCUCAGUAUAUUAAGGAAAUCUUUUAACUUUAUUACUCUUUCUGUACAAGAAUAAAAAAAAAAGUUAUUUGUAUUUAAAUGAUUUCAAUUGCGAUCUUGUAAGACCUCUUAAUAAAAUAACGAUUGAUAUGAA